AGAUUUCAUUAGAAACGUUUUCCUCUUCUAGAGUAACAUUUCAAUGUUUGCAAGUUGACCUGACGGACAAUAUUGUGAAACACUCUGAAAGAGGAAAAACAUAUGUUACAGCAAGUUAAUGUGAAAUAGGGCACGGAUACAUGCCAUAAAACCGUGUUAGUGCGCUGAGGUUUGAUGUUUGAUGGAGGAAAGCGGAGUACCCGGGGAAUAUCCACGUGAUUGGGCAGGUGAACCCAUAACUGUUCACGUCUGACCGGGGAAUCGAACCCCGGCCGUCCUAGGUGAAAGGGAGGGCAUUCUUGAAAAGUGUUUAAGGAUCCCAAAUAUGUCUCACCAAAGCAAAAACCAGUACCCGGAGCUGCCAACUCAAUUCCUGUGUGGUCAGUGCAAUGGUAUCUUAAUACGUCCCCUGCAGCUAGGAUGCGGUCAUCUCGUCUGUGAAAAAUGUCUGGAUGACCUGUUUGGUGACAGUGCAAAGACCGUGUGUCAGAUCAACGGAUGUGGAAAACACAUUCAUAAAAAUGAGCGAUCUAAUCAUAUAACGGAAGAAAAGUAUCGAGAAGAUGAUGAAGAGGAAGCAUUCGAUGGAACAUCUAUCCGAGAGGACUUUAAGAGACUGAGUGAAAUCCAAAAGAAAAUUCUGGAACGUGUUGGGGAUUUGAAGGAGCAAAACAAAGAAGUGGAGGACCAUAUCAAGGAUGCGCGAGCAGUCAAACGGGUGCAGAACAAAAUAAGGGUGACUGAUGUACGUCUCUACGAGUUGGAUGAUAAAGUCCAACAUCUAUGGAGUAGAAAUUAUGACGGGCUGUUGAUAUGGAAAAUCCGGGACUAUGCCCGAAGAUGUCAGGAAGUUGGCCAUUGUAUUAACAGUCCCCCGUUCUAUUCCAGUACUUACGGGUACAAGAUGUGCGGGCGGAUCUAUCUGAACGGAGACGGGAUGGGCCACGGGACACACCUUUCCUUCUAUAUAGUCAUUAUGAAGGGAGAAUACGACGCUCUAUUACCCUGGCCUUUCCAACAGGACGUGACGCUAAUGCUGAUGGACCAGGAUACGAGAACACAAAACUUGUCGGAUACCUUCAAACCCGACCCUGAAAACACCAGUUUCGGGAAACCAGAGACAGACAUGAACAUUGCUUCCGGAGUCCCACAGUUUGUAGAGCACAGUGUUUUGGAAUCGCCUACCUACCUGCAGGAUGACACCAUCUACCUGAAAAUUAAGGUGGACGUUGACAACAUUCCUGACCUGGCUGUGACAUCUGACCAAGGUCAAGUUCAUGACGUGGAAGGUGUGGAAGAAGAAGGUCAUUAAGUUCGGCAGUAGUCAUUUCAGCUGAUUGUUUUAAAGGUUAGAUUCCAUAUGUGUACAUAUCAUUGUUUUAAAAAUGUUCACGAGCAUUUUUUGUAAAUAUAUGCUUUAACUAAUGAAACUAUGAAUUGUGAGUAAAUAUUUGUUUGAGAUAAUGUUUAACUUUUGUUUAUUGUUUGUUAUCAAAUAAUUGUAUUUAAUGUAAAUCAUAGCAUCAAUUUAUAUAUUACUUAAUUUGACGAUGAUAGAUGUGUUAUUUUAUUGAUUUUUUUUUAUUAUUAUGAAUUUAUUACAAUGUAACUUAUUGAAUAUACCAACUUAAUGUGAAUUGAAUAAUAAAAUUAAGUCCAUUU